GCUGUUUUUUCAGAACACAUUCUAAGCUUGAAAAACUAUAAGAUUAGAUUUACAAUUUAUCAUGCCAGCUUUUUAAAAAUCAUUACUGAUGUCAGAUGUUAUCUGUGUGUAUGUGUUAUGGGUGUGUAAAUUCAGAAGCGGUUUGGCUACCUGCCGAGAUGAAGUGUAACAAGCUGAUUUUGGCCCCGCUCUGUUUGAUCCUUUGCUGGAUGCUGCCUGUAGACUCCAAGAAGAUCAGUUACAUCUUCAGUCUGCGAGAUGCUAACCAGGUCAUCCCAUUGAACAUGGUUGAAGAUGCUGUUGAUGACAUGUACUUUGGCUGCCACGAAACAAUGACGGAAAUGAUCAAAGACAAAUACUUUAAAAGUGAAAUGAAAAAUAGCCAAUUUGCAGAUGUCUGGAAAAAAGCAGAACAUUGUGCAAACAAGAAACUAGAACCAAGUGAUAAAGGGGAGGAGGCUCUAACUAAGAAGCAUAAGCAAGCAAUCUGUGUUUAUACAUCUGAUGAUCAAAAUUUUUAUGGGAUAUUCAACGAAGCAGUCCGAACCAACCAAAAAAUCUAUGGAAAAUCCUUUGCAUUCCACUCCUUACAUUUCUGGCUAACAUCUGCCGUUCAGAUCCUCAGUAACAACAAAAAAUGUCACACAACUUACCGCAGAACAAAUCUGGUGCUUUCUGGCAAUGUCAACGAUAUAAUUCGGUUUGGUUUCUUUGCCUCCAGCUCUAAAAGAACAGACCUGAAGAAAUUUGGUAGUAAGACAUGCUUUCAAAUUGAGACCUGUUAUGGUGCUUUUCUGAAAAAAUAUCCAUUACUUAAAGAUAAAGAGCAAGAGGUUCUCAUCCCCCCCUAUGAAAUGUUCAAGAUAACUAAGAAACUGGAGAACAAAUAUAAAGAACAUCUGAGUGACUGUGAGACUGUGUAUUACCUGAAGAGUGCAGGGUUUCAGAGCAAUAUAAACUGCCACGUGGCAAAAAUGCAUAAUUAAUAAAAGACUCAUGGUUCUUCUUCAACUGGUGCAGCAAAGCCAAAACUAAGUUGAGAGUUUAGUCAUCAGACAACUAUGUGCACAUAGAAGUCAUGCUUGGGAGUUCUUUAAUUAUUGAAGGAUAUAGGUUUUCAUUCUUCCCCAACAUGUUAUACUGUACAUCAACAUGAGCAACAAUUUCUAAAAGGCAUUUGUGAUGUGUUUUUUUCAUUUAUCAGCAUUUCUAUAGGCAAAAAAAAAAAUGUUUUGUUUAGAAAUUUUCUGAAUUAAAUCAAUACAUUUC